UUAAUAAAUCCCCAGAUCUUCUUCUCUCUCUCCUUUUUUUUCUGCCCAGUUUAUGCAAAAGUUAAAGAGAGAGUGUGAAAAUUAAAUAAUCAAAAAGGCUUAGCCAUAGCAGCAACUCUACUUUCAGAAUUUACAAGAAACGUUUCUAGUUUCUGGGAUUUCUCUGAAUAUUACUGAAAUUUUGGUAGCUAUGUCAAAAAGUGUGCCAUUGUUUAAGAUCCCAGAUCACCAGGUUGCCGGACACCAGGCUCUUAAUGGUCAGCUUGGGCCACUUGUAGACGAAUCAGGCUUAUUCUACAAGCCCCUCAAGGAUGAUCGGGGCUUAAGAGAGGCUGAUUUCUACAAGACAUUAUUAACUGAUGACAGAGUGCCUGAUCACAUCCGCAAAUUCUUCCCCAAAUCUUUUGGCACCCAGACUCUUGAGGCUUCUGAUAAAUCUGGGCCCCUUCCUCAUCUUGUUAUGGAAAACUUAAUGUCAAAAUAUGCAAAUCCCUCCAUCAUUGAUUUUAAGAUUGGUUCUCGAACUUGGUACCCUGAAGCCACGGAUGAGUACAUUGACAAAUGUUUCAAAAAAGACAGAGAAACCUCUAGCCUUUAUUUGGGUUUCAGGGUAUCAGGGAUGCAAAUCUACGAGAAUCAAGAUUUAGGGUAUUGGAAGCCUGAUCGAAAGCUGACCAUAACCUAUACAGCUGACGAUGUCAAGUUGGUUUUGAGGAAGUUUGUCUCAUCAAAUCAAGCAUCAGAUUUCAAAAAAGAACCGGAUUGUAAAUUUGCUUCGACUGUCUAUGGUGGUUCUUCUGGCAUUUUGGCACAGUUGCAGGAGCUUAAGUCAUGGUUUGAGGAGCAAACAAUUUACCACUUCUAUUCGAGCUCAGUUUUGAUUGUUUUUGACAAGGGAUCACUUCUGGAAGGUAAAAAGGCGGCACCUACAAUCAAGCUUGUUGAUUUUGCUCUUGUUAUUGAAGGCAACGGCAUUCUUGAUCAUAACUUCUUGGGCGGGCUCUGCUCACUGAUCAAAUUCAUCUCUGACACCAACAAAGACUGCUAGUAGAACGGAGCGUAGGUUUUCACCAUCCCUAUUGAAUCGAUGAGUUGAAUCUUUUGGCAAUUGUUUAAAGCUCAAACACUGUCUUUCAAUCUUUAAACACUCUUUUAACGCAGUGGCACUCCCAACCACACCUAUGUUUCUUUUUAGUUGCAUU